AUGCCUCCGUCGUCGCGACGGUCCCAGAAGACUCGUCGCGAGUCUAAGAGGGACAACUCUACCGCCAUCGACUCGUCGCCAACCCGCCCUGCCAAGCGCCGCAGAAAGGUCGAUGAGACGACGACUCCUUCGACUGCAGCCACAGCUGGCAAUUCGAGUGCCGCAGUGCCACCCGUUCCCACCCCUUCUACCGAUCCUAUCGAGGAAGAGGACUCUGUCCUCGGAAAUGGAAGCGAAGGUGACCAGCUAGUCUCGCGCGUCGUCCAUUAUCUCACCUCCCCAAAAGACCAGCGCAUCCAGGCCAGCAAGGACCACUCCAACGCUAUCCACGAGACGAAUAAGGAUGGCGUCAAAGCCUACGCCAAGGUUGCCGCUCAAGACUGGACCUUUUAUAUUACAAAGCUCGAGGUGAACAUUGGUCGCGCUUCCGACCCUCCCGCCGCUCAUCCACCUGCUCCAGACGACGAGGACUUUGUCCACAUCGAUCUCGGUCCUAGCAAGACCGUCUCGCGCCAGCAUGCCGUCAUAUGCUUCGAUACCAAGGAGGAACAAUGGUUCUUCCGCGUAAAGGGCCGCAACGGCGCGAAGAUCGAUGGAGAGCCCAUGAAGUCGGGUACCUCGCGGGGUCUCAAGAGCGGCGAGGUCAUCGAGAUUGGAGGCGUUGAGAUGAUGUUUGUACUCCCUACCGAAAUUAGCCCACUCCACAUCAACGAGACGUAUCUCCAGAGAGCUGGUAUUUCGCCCUCCGAGCUCCCCAGUCCCGCCAUCAAUGCGCCGCUCCUAUCUACAACACAGCCCUCCGAUGAUCUCCCGUCUUCCGCCCCGGCCUCCAGGCCUCCUCGUAGUAGCCAGAGUGCCCAACAGCAGCAGCAGCAACAGCAGCUAAUUGCACCUGCUCCGCCAAACUACCGUCGUCCGGGAACCCCUCCUUCAGCAGCAGGGCGACGUACCACAAUGGUUCAGAUGACCUCCCCGCAGGCUCCUAGUAGCGCAACGCCGUUCGGCAUGACUCUCGAGAUUGAUCUAUCCAAGGACGAAAAUCGCCAUAUCAAGCCCCAGUUUAGUUAUGCCCAGAUGAUUACACAGGCUAUUAUACAUACGGAUGAUGGCAAGCUCAACCUCAACGGCAUCUACAACUUUAUCAUGGACAACUAUGCCUAUUAUCGACAUCAGGAGCCAGCCGGUUGGCAGAACUCCAUUCGACAUAAUCUCUCCCUUAACAAGGCCUUCGAAAAGGUUCCCCGAUCAACCGAUGAGCCUGGCAAGGGCAUGAAGUGGCAGAUCGUGAGCGAGUACAAGGAUGAGAUGGUCCGCAAUGCGUUCAAGGGUGGUCGUGGCGGUCAUCGCGGUAGCUCCGCUCCUUCCUCUCCGAGUCAUGUCAACUACAUCACCCUCACCAGGGAUCCCGCGUCGGCUAGAAAGCGCAGAAUGUCCCCCAUAUUGUCACCCCCGCCCGCGUCCUCGUCCCUCGCCAUUCCCCAGUCCACGCCCGAUCGCAGCCGGAACCGGAGAAGCGCCGCUGUUCUCCCCAGUGACGGCAGCCCCCUUCCUCGACCCCGAAAGCCCGUGCCGAACGCCGCGCCGUCUAGCUCGAUCUACCAGCCCCAGUCUCCCACUCUCGCGUCGUCGUACCUCCAGGACGAGAACACGUCGUUCGUCACCCCGGCGCCGCCGCGAGUCCACCCCCGUCUCGCGCCACCCAGCACGGCCCCCCGACCUAGCCAGCACAUGCCGACUAGCUCUCCUGCGCCGUUCUGGAAGUACGCCGAUAUUGGCAGCACGCCGUUGCGCCCUGCCGCGCAAUUCGACGCCAGUCCAUCAAGGAGGCUGGGCGGCGGUCUCCCUCAUAGCAGCAGUCCCCCUGCACGACCUACCAAGUCACCCGUGCUUAGCCCCGUAAAGCCCGCGCCUGAGCCGCCGGCGGAUAGUUCGGCUGGCGACAUUGAGGAGGAGCAAGGAUUCGACUUGGCAAAGGGCUUCCAAAGCAUCGGCUCAUAUCACGCGCCCGUAAGCCAAGGUCUUCCCAUCGCCCGGGCUCGGGAUUCCUUUUAA